AUGGAUCCUUAUAUUGUUAUGAUAUCUGCCAUACCGUUAACAUUCCAACUGAAAGUCAACCUUAUUUUAACAAUUGCAAUAGCAUUGGAUAGAGUUUUGGCUCUUUAUGUACCUGUUCGAUACAGAAUGAUUUCAUCGCUGAGAUUCGCCGCUGUUGCACUGGUCUUAGCUACAAAGAUCGCUCUUCCUUCCUUUUAUGAGAAGAUUUUUGCUGGUAAAAAAUGCGUUACCAGCAUUGCGCGAGUUCUGCUACAUCUAACUAAGGUCACUCCUAGAGUUGCACAAAUGGCGAAUAGGUCAUCAACAAGUUUUUUGCUCAGCUCCCUAGUUUGCCUCACAGUUCCUAGUGUGAUUGUCGGUGGCGCGGAGUUGUUUGGUUUUUCCUUAUUCGAAUAUAUAGGACCUUUCUACCUUGUCGGUCUCCUUUGCGCUAAUUGUAUGAACUGCAUAGUCUAUGCUCUUUUCAAUAGCGAGAUAAGGUUACAAAUGAGAAGGUGUGCCAUCGACCUACGCAGCAACAGUUUGUCAUUUGCUCAAAAAAGAUGCGAAAUAGGCUCCAAGUCAACUUCAAAUAUAUCGCGAACACAUCGACCUCAGCAUUAA